GAGAAACUUCCGGAAACAUCGUUGCGGAAGUGACGGAGCGCGGUGACGCAGCUUCCUGUUUGCGGCUGAGGGGAGGGGAGCGGAGCUGCCGCCGUUGUCCCGGGCUGCAGGCGGGAGGGUGGCGGCCGCGCUGUGGAGACACCGGGGAGGGACUUGAAAGAUUCAUCUGUUAACAAGACAAGUACUGAAACAUGGUGGAUUACUAUGAAGUUCUGGGAGUGCAAAAGCAUGCCUCAGCAGAAGAUAUUAAAAAAGCGUACCGUAAACUGGCGUUAAAGUGGCACCCUGAUAAAAAUCCAGACAAUAAAGAAGAGGCAGAACAGCAAUUUAAGCAAGUAGCUGAGGCCUAUGAAGUUUUGUCAGAUGCUAGAAAACGUGAAAUCUAUGACAGAUAUGGAAAAGAAGGCUUAAUAAAUGGAGGUGGAGGUGGAAAUCAUCAUGAUAAUCCAUUUGAAUAUGGAUUUACAUUCCGUAACCCAGAAGAUGUCUUUAGGGAGUUUUUUGGUGCAAGGGACCCCUUUUCAUUUGAGUUCUUCGAAGACCCUUUUGAGGACUUCUUUGGGGGCAGGCGGGGUCCAAGGGGAAGCAGGAGCAGAGGUGAUGGAUCAUUUUUCUCUGCCUUUGGUGGAUUCCCUGCUUUUGGAAGUGGCUUUUCUGCAUUUGACACAGGUUUUACUUCGUUUGGCUUGGGGCAUGGAGGCCUUACUUCAUUGUCCUCUACGUCAUUCGGAGGCAGUGGGAUGGGCAACUUCAAAUCAGUAUCAACCUCAACUAAAAUAGUUAAUGGCAAAAAAAUUACUACAAAGAGAAUUUUUGAGAAUGGACACGAGAGAGUAGAAGUCGAAGAAGAUGGCCAGUUAAGGUCGCUAACAAUAAAUGGUCAGGUAGAUGAAGAAGCUUUUGCUGAGGAGUGCAGAAGGAGAGGACAACAAGCUCUGCCUUUCCAGUCGACCAACCCUCGUCUGCUGAAGUCUUACAAGCCUGCCAGUUCCCCCAGAUAUGGCCUGCAUUACAAUAGUGAUGAGCCGGAAGAACAAGACAGAAGCCGGGUUACAAGCAGCUUCGAGACCCCUUUUUAUUUAUCAGGUGUGCACAACAAGCAUGUUGAUGAGAAAUGUGCAGAAAAGAGUCCACCAGCUAGUCAAAAGCCAGAACAAAAAACCCAGGGAAGAGUUUGUUGCUGUGUGUUGACUUAACGUGAGCUCCUCAGCAGAUAAUAAACACAGCUUGUGUGCCUUUGUCCUGCAUUAGUUCUGCUCUUCAAUUUAGUCUAGAUUCACAAAUGGGACACUCAAGUAUCCAGGGCAAAUAUUGUUAUGCUGUUGAAGUGCCUCUGCUUUUUAUUCUUUAAAGUGAAGGCCUUUUAGAGUUUAGCUGUUCACAAUACUUUGCACAUUCAUUUAUUUAAAUUGAGCUUGGCUUCCUUGCUGAAGGUGAAGUUCAGCAGCUUGAUAUUAUUUCUGGAAGCUGCAAUUUUAGGCACCUACAUAUUAAUAGAGAAGACUGAGACCAUUCAGGUGAAUGCAGGAAUUCUGUGAUUGUCCCAGUUAUUUUUAGAAAUAAUUAGUCCUUUGAUAUGCUUCCUCUCUAAUGUUUUGGUAACAUAGUCUAGAGGCUAUCUUGGACAAUGAAGUCCUCAUUACUACUUGGUUUAAUUUGAACCUGUGGUCAAAGAUCAUCCAGGACUGCCAGGACAGGUUUGUCUGAAACAUGAAGGUGCCUUUCUGCUUGGAUGCCCAAACCAAGGGAUCUUCUCCGUAGUGCUGAGUUAGGUGAAGUGCUGGGAAGUGUGAGCAUAUGAGGCUCCUCAGGGUAAACACAGAGCACGAAAAACAUGCACUCUACCCCAAAACUCACAUACUCCCAGUGCUGUACUAAAUUCUGUGUUGAUGAGCCUUUAAACCUAACACUGUCUUCUGUAUGGAAGACCUACAUAUGCCUUAUGGGAUGGCAGCCUUGAAAAAAUAGAACCAUUCAGAUAAACGUCUUCCUGAUCAGUUGCUGGAAGUUGGGUCUCUUUAGGGAUGGCCAAGUUGAAUCUUCUAUUUUUUAAAAAAACAAACCACCUCUGGUUAUGAAAUCUCCUACUCAAGGGUUACAAGUUUUGUCUCCUGUGUCUCUAGCCAGCACAAUAAAACCUUGCCUUUGGAAACCUGUGGUUCUCUGCAACCACAGCAAUACUUUGUAAUGGUUCCAAAGAGCACCUGAGUUUGACAUACACCUUGCAAUUGUUGGAGCAAUUUUUAAGAUUGCUGCGGACUUUUUGCUGUGAAUCUAUUCAUGCUCCAAGACGCACAAGUUUGCAUUAAGGUGACUUUCUAGAAGCAUUUGUGCAAUCACAAAAUCCUCAGUAGAUUGUGAAUUGUCAUAAAAAAUUCAUGAUAAAAACUUGACUGCAGUAAGACUAAGAUUUUACUGUUGCUUUAAAUAUUUUGUCCUCUAAUGGACAGGGCUGAUGAAGGACUGAUCGAGUCAGUCAUAAAAACCUAUGUGAGUGUCUUAAUCCCUCCUUGGGAAGGUGGUGCACGAGUCGUGGCCAGUAACUCCUCCUUCAUGGGUGUUCAGCAAGCAGCUUCACCUGUGCAGCUCUGGAAUUACAGAGAACACUUACUUGCUCCUGCUUGGCUUCUUAUUGAUCACUGCUGUGCUUACAUAGGACAGUGAUGGGGAAAAAUCAGUGUCUUUUUCCACCUUCAUCCAAAGCCCACUCAGUUCAGUGGAGAAUGGUUAAGUUCUGGGCACUGUUCCAACUUGAAUCCGAUGGUUUUGCCACUUUUGAUGUUGGUAGUGAGACUGUGCAGGAACUUUAGACAUUGUCCCAGUGAGAGCAUCUCAGGCACAUCCUCAGCUGUUAGUGAUUCACCUGCAGUGAAAUGGUUUUCUUUUCACAGAUCUAACCAUGGGAGAGUUUGGGUUUAAAUUUAUAAGUCUGUAGCAAAUUUAAAGGAAGGAAAAGAGAAUGGGUUUCAUCUUGGCUAUAAGGUGAACAACCCUCUGGCAGUGGUCAUCUCUCUCUAGCAUCCAAGCAGAAAGGCUGGCCAACUUGUUUAGGCUGGCAGCUGUAUCCAGAGGUGAGAUGAAUCCUCUCCUUAGUCAGGGUUUCCAGUCAUUACAGUGGGUAUUUAAUAAAAAAAUUAGAUUUUAAUUUGAUUCACCAUCUAAUAAUGACACUUCACUUUUUAGUAGUAGUUGCUCUGUGUCUCAUAAUGUUCCUGGUUUCAUAAUAGCCUUUUAGAACAAAACUUCAUCUCUUGUACUCUGAAGUCACUGAAUAGCUCAGAGGUCUCUAGCUCCAAACAAGAAGUUUUUAAAUAAGAAAUCAGAUGCUGCAAGUAAUGUGCUUCCUGAUUGUGUGGUGUAUUGCUGACUGGUGCUAUCCAUGCCCUGUCAAAGUGGUAUUAAUGCCAGCAGAGAUCUGGGGGUUGCAGCCAUCAAUGGUAGAUGUAGUGGUAACUACCCCUAAAAAGCUUCUCUGGAUUUGAGAGUUUUGACCUUUAUCUACCAAGAACAGUUGAAAUGUUUCAUUGUUAAAUACUGGAAAAUCCAUGAUACAAAACAUCAUUCUUUGGAAGAUAAUAUUGCAAGGUUUGCUCUUCCUUGUUAAUGAAAUAGCUUGUAUUAACCCAAACCUCACACCAUUAAUUUUUGCUCCAUUUUCACCCACUGGCAUCCCUGAGAAGGGAACCACUUAGAGGAACAAGCUUAACUAAUCUUGAUCCUUUCCUGGCAUGGAUUCCUCUGCUGGAGAGACGAGCUAUUUGUACUUUAUUACAUCUUUAACACGGUCUCUGUUCUUUUUACCAACACAGGCUUUCCUGUAUUACACUUUACUAACUAGUAAAAUCAACGUGCUUGGUUAUCCAAAGUAAUUACCUUAGAAUUCUCUCACAUUCUUGUAUUUGGGCAUGUAGUAGAGAGAGAAAGGAAAGCACAGCCAGUUUUCCAUGGAAAUCUAAUACAUAAGGAAUGCUGGAGGUGCAGUGAUGGGAGGGAGUUCACUCUCUCUAUUCCACAUCCCCUGGCUGUAACUCUGUGAGGUGGGACAGGGUAACAACUGAAUUUUCCUGUGGGGGCAGUUUACUGGUGGAUUUGGAAACUUGCUGGUUGCUCCUUGGCUUAGCCAGAGCUGCCCUCAUGCAUGAUUUUUUUGGCUGUUAUUAGGAGAGCAUCCUGUGACCCAUUUGCUUCCCAUAAGAGAUGGCUGGGUUCAACAUGGAAGGGCUUCUGAGACUGCAGAGCCUUGCAAGCUUUUGCUUGCCAUGUGGGAGUAAAACCUUGGAAUUUACUUAGUAAAGUUAUUACUUUAAUUAAUAGCAGGCGAGCAGGUUGUAUCUGGCUUGGUAUGCUCUUGUAGCAAUUCUAGGCAGAAUUUGUAAUGAAAAUAGUGUGGUGAGCAAAUGUGAAGGAAGGCCCCAGUAAGUUACUGCAGGUAUUCUAUCCCCUAAAACAUCAAAGUUUGAUUACAUCACUGGGUUGGCCAGUGAAACUGGAGAACUCACCCCUUGGAUUUAACAGUGAAUAAUUAAACAGUGGAGAGGCAUACCAAGACAGGGUGGGAUGUUUUGUCACCUCAGGUCUUUAUGCAAAGGCAAGUGCUCUCUGUGAUGCUCUCUGGCAUGGGCAGGAGCUGUGGAUGCAGUGAAAGAAUGAGUACAUCAAGUCAUGGUGUGCUGGGCAGGGGAAAGGAGGGAAUGUGAAAGUGUAGUAUAAAGCUGUAGUUGUAAAUUGAGUCACAUCCAUGAAAUUAUACUGAGGCUGUGAUCUUGGGUGAAUUUUUAUAAUGCCAUAUGCAAGUGUGGUCAGUCUAGAAUAACAGAUGGUGGCUGCAUCUCAGCACUAACCCCAAGCUACCUUUGAAAUAGCAAUUUAUUGUUUUAACUAGAGAGAUGUUUCUAAGAACAGAAAAUUAGCACAGCACAGAACCCAGCUUGCAUGUGCCCUGCUAAAGCUCUGUGUAUGUACUGGAGGGCAAAAGAAUAGCCACAGUCUUAGGAAAAGGUUAGUAAUCUUGAAAACCAUUUUCCCUGGGACUUGAGCAGAAAGCAUCAAUCCCUCCCACCUCCAAUCUCAGUGCUUCCGAGCCUGAAGGUAGAAGAAGACUCCUUCAAAGUCUUCACCUUUGCAGGGGAUCUUUAAAAAUCAGGCCAUGGCCUUUACUACUGACUGAUGUGUGUAGGGAAGUGCUGCACACUGAUUGCUGGGUGUGCCUGAACAUUUUGUUUCCUUCUGCCAACUCCUACGCCCUGUUGGUACUGGCAGAAGGAAGGUGGAGCAGACCCUCUACUGCACUCUGCAUCUUGAUAGAGCAGGCAAAUGUCAGGUGGGGAAGGAAGAAGUAGGAUAUCACAAAUGGUUUGGGUGGGAGUGUUUUCCCCAGGGCCUUUGUUCUUUCGGAUCAGCUGCUGGAUGCAUCUCCCUUGGAGCUGCUGUCCAAGAACGUGACAAGUGUCAUAGUCAGUGACUGAACAAACCUGUGACUUUGGGAGGUGCAGAUUGGCAGAGAAAGCCAAUCUGGGACACAGCAGAGAGGUUUCCCAAUUUCUUUUGGUCUUUGAUGAGUGGCUGAGAGAGUUGCUACUAAGCAUUGCUAGAAAUUGGUUUCAGCCUUCAGCAGCUUUAUGAAAGCUGGAGUAGCUUCUCUGCUCUUUAUGGUUCUUCUGGAGGUAAAAGGGGAUGAAAUGGAAAGAGCAGUUCAGAAUAUGCUGUUUGUUUUAGACAGAAAUUAUCCAGCUUGUAAAUCAGGUGAAAUUCCAACCUGUGCAAAUACUUGCUUUAUCUGUCAUUUCUCCUGUCAGCUGACAAAAGCAAGAAUAUACCAAGUUAGGGUGAUAGCCAUCAGCAUUGGAGUCAACCUGGUUUCCUAAAGUUGAAGCUUGGGUAAGCUCUCAGCCACCUUUUCUCUCCCUCUUCCCUGGAAUAUAUUUUUAGAGUUCAGAUGGCAAACAGUCACUUCUAGGGGUGGAAAUUUGAAAAGCCUUUCUCCAAGGCCAGAACUCUUUGGAUGAAGCCCAUUCAGCCAGGUGCUAACUACAGGAAGUUUCUAUGGCCACUCUGUGAUGCUGGCGACUCACCAGGACACAGGUUCACUGCAAAUUCAUCACAUAGUGAUGGGGCUGUUUCUUUCUAAUUCAGAUUUUGUUCUCUUGUGGCUUUUGAGCCUAGUCUUGCAACCAAAGCAGCUAAAUAUGCUUUUAAUUAGUGCUGGUUGCAGUAUUCAAGUGAAACAAGCACCAAAGGGUUACACCUUUAGUGUGCAAUUUUUAUGUUUGUUAGGAGCUGCUUCCCAUGUUUGGAUCAGGUUUUUGGCUGUUAUCACCCAGCCUAGCAUCACUGGAGCUAACAGACCAGCAAAGUUUGACCUAUUCUUUCUUCUUAGGUGGGGGUAGAAAAGGAAAUAGUUGAGUGAAAUUAUUUAUCACAGCAGGCUUGAAACAGAAAAGGCCUGGCAGUUUUCUCUUGAGGAAUAUUCUGUAUUUGUGCCUUAUCUCCUAUUUUGGCCAAUCUGUUUCUGUGUGUCAGUGAUAACACUUGAAAGAUUUCAACUUUUCACCCUUAUCAUUCUAGAGGCUGGUAGGAGAUUGUGUUGUCAAAUGCCUGAAUAUCUUCAUACCACAUUACUUAAACAUUUCAGUUGUUUCACUUAUAAGACAAUGAAUUAUGUGCUAUUCAUUUUAAGCCAUAAUUUACAUUGAUUCACGGUGUUUUUAUGGAAGAGUUGCUAGAAUUGCUUUUAGUAUCUCAAACAGUUGAAGAAAAUGGACUGUUAGAAAAAAAAAAAAAAAGGAAAUUAUAAUGAUAUAAAAUAGCAGUAUCAAAACCAAUCAUGCCUGGAUGUGGAAGCAUUUAGAAAUACUGACAGUGUUUUGAGAAUGGAAAAUGAAAAAAUUAUGAAGCUAAUAACCUGUUAGGGUUUAAUGAUCCUUUCCCAAAUAUCUGUGUUAAUAUUUCAUAGUUAUUACAUGAACUAGUUCUGAUCACCUGAUAUCAUCAUGUUUUUCCCUCCAGUAAAGGGAAGAACCUUUGGAAUAACAGCCCUUAGAUGACUGAUUCUGAGGAGUCAGCAUGUCUCUUGUGCCUCCAUUGGCCUCUGGGGGAAAGCAAAGAGAAGGGCUCAAGCCCUUCUGGCACAUGUGACUUGCAGCAGUAAAUUAAAUGCCAAAGGAUCCUCUUUUGGGCAAUGUAUAGGUGUCUGAGGGGCUGACAUUGAUGUAAACUUUAUGGAUGGAGUUCUUGGGAGAUGCUCAUGCGGUGUCUCCAGGGACAAGGUUGUGGCUCAGGGUGCAGGCAAAACCCAGCAUCAUCUGCAGUUCUGCCAAGCACAGCCAAUAUUUCUCUUCCUUAUACAGUAAAACUGGUUUCCACUGGCUAAUUGCUCAUGGCAGAAUUUCUAAAUAAAUAUCUUGCUUCUUGACUCAGAUGGUUGCAAUAGAUGAAGUCAUGCUGUUGAUACAGCAUUGGAGCUAGAGUGAUAACCCAGGAACAGCUUCCCUUUGCUGCAAGGGAGUCUAUUUCCUCUAACACACCUACUUUUGAUAAUGUCUUCAGUGAUUUUUUUUUUUCUCCAAAGACUUUCUCGUGGUUCUCUCUGAGUCUUAAAAGUAAACAGUUCUGCCCUGAGCACAACCCUACUUGUGCUUGGGAGGAGCUCUGAUCAGGAGCAAACUCCAGCCACAGUGUGGCUUCCUACUCCUCUGACCUCCCACCACUUCCUUUUCCCAUCUUAAUGUUGCUGCUGGUGCUAAAUUGAUGGAGAAUCAGGUGCCAUGGCUUCCUCAGGGUCAUCUCUGCCUGCUGGCAGACAGAAUGGGGAAAAGGAAAAGCUUUCCAGAGAGGCAGAGCUAUUCCCAUCCUGGGCUGUGCCCUGGACUCCCUGCCUUGCCUCGCAGCUGCUCUGCCCUGCUCCCCAUCACUGGGCUGUGCUGGUUCACAGUGCCAGAGCACUGAGCUAAGGGAUUCCUCCAGCUAUCUGAAGGCAUCACAGAAUGAUUAUAUGAGGGAAAUGUUGGCUAGCUUGGAGUUUAGAUUUUCAAGUGCACUUGGGUAGCUGUGAUGUCGGUUCUGCAGAGGUCACGGUCCCUGCAAGUCUGCUUGCAAGAUGAAUGUGAUUGUAAGUUUGAAGGAUAGGAUGUGAUGAUGCAGAGGAAGAACUGGCUCAUGUAUGGUUGUGAAGGGAAAAGAAAAUCAUUGGGAUGAUGAUCACGUGGCUGGAAGCUUGUGCUUAAUGACCCUGUAGCAAAUAAUUGUUGUUUGAACUUAAUGCUUCCAUGCACCAGUGGAGAUGAAGUAGAAUAUAACCUGUGGUGCAUAGUUAAGCAUGAGCAGGCUGAUGACCUGCACAGAAAAAUGCAUAUUGGUAAACACUGAGCACCUUUUGAUUUCCUCAGGAUUCUUGGCAUUCCCUUGUCUUAUAAUGGAAAUGCAAAUACCUUGGUGAUGCUGGCUACUGUGAGCAGGAAAUGCCAGUACUUAAAUAGCUCCUGCUGUAUAAGUCUUAUUUAUUGCUUCUGUUUUGAAAAUUAUUCUAGUUUUGCAUGUGCUCUAAUUUUGAAGCUUUUCCUGAAUUUCUUUGAAGUCUGAAAGGUCUCCAGAGCUUUUCGAACUUCAAAGAUCAACAGCAUUUUCUUUCUAUCCUAUGUAAGGGAUAUAGUAGAACUGGGGGUAUAGUGGAAGUGAUAAUAUACAUAUAUGUAUAUUUUUAAGCAUUAAAAAGCCAGAAUUUUUAUUUAAGAUUCGUUAAACCAUUCAGAGAAUGUGUGCUUUUGCUAGAAGGAAAAAUCCAUGAAUGCUGUUGAAAGUGUUUGACAAGCCAUG